AUGGCAUUUUUAAGAUCCUCACUGGUAUUUUUACACUUGCUAAUUCGCUCGGUACUAUGCAUUGAAGACAAUAAUGAAAAUGGCAAGAAGACAUUCGUUAUCUCACUUAAAGAUAUCAACUCGAGUAAGGCAUUGCUGGAGCAGAUUUAUGAGAAGGCACAGGCCCUUGGCUUCGAUUUCAAUUCCUUUGUGUCUUUGAAUAAUGCAAAUGACAGUCUCCUGACUGAACAGCCUGCAAACCAGUCGGGUCAGGCAGAGAAACAGCAACCGGCACCAAAGAAGCAGGCAAGUCCAGAAGCCAAUAAAGGUGCUUCAAAGGAAGAAGCACAGAAAUAUCCUAAAACGGCGCCAGCAAAGAAUGAAAAGAAGACUGCUGAGGCUGCACAAAAAAAGCCACAUACAACAUCUAAGCCAGCAGCGGCAAAAUCGUCCGCCCAAGCGAAGAAGAGUGCAGAGGCCGCUUCAAGAAAGGCCAAAGAUAGUGUUGAGGCUGCUUCGAAAAAGGCAAAAGCGAGUGUUGAGGCUGCUUCGAAAAAGGCUAAGGCAAGUGCUAAGGCUGCUUCAGAAUCAGCCAAACCAAAGUCCUCUAGUACACCGAAAGCUGCCAAAUCAAGUAAACCUCCAGAAAGUGUUGCCAAAUCUUCUCGGCUUAGCACUAGUGCUGCAUCCAAGGUACCUCCUGGCAUCAGUAAAAGUUCGAUUAAGAGCUCCACAUCGGAUGCUUCUUCUGACAUUGCCAAAAGUUCAGCUAUAAGCUCUAUGUUGUCUUCAAGUGAAGCAUUUCCGAGUGUGUAUUCUUCCAUGUCUGCUUCUUCAUUCAGUAGCUCUGCUCCAUUUUCCUCAAUGGCGCCUAGUGCCUCUAUUGCACCCGAAACCCUUGAUUAUAUUGAUAAAAUUAAUAGUUUAGACCAGGCAACAAUUAGCAGUGUUAUGGGUUCGUGCCAGAAUUGUGAAAAAGUAAAUGAUGUGCUGGUGUAUAAAGACGGGGAUGUAUGGAGAGACUAUACAGGUAAGAUACAAAUGUCUGUAAGCAACGGAAAACUAGUUGAUAAGACAGGGGUGUUUAUUGGAAAAGACUGCGGAUGUAAAAAAGACGAGAUUCCCCAGAUUGGACAGAUAGGCGAAACUGGAAUUUAUCAGGACAAGCAAGUCAAUUCGGUGCAGUGUCAGAAGCAAAACAACCUCAUGACAAAUUUAGCAAGUGCCAGCUCGAUUGGCAUGGCGCAAUCUGACGUCUCAGCAGCGUCUCCAUCUGGUGCUUCUACUACAGACUCAACUGGUACUACUUCAAUUUCUCCAAGUGUUGACACAUCUUCUGUUGGUGCUGGCAGUGCCUCAACAUCUUCUGCUAGUGCUGGUGGUGCCUCAGAUUCAUCGGCUGGUGCUGGCGGUGCCUCAACAUCUUCUGCUGGUGCUGGCGGUGCCUCAGAUUCAUCGGCUGGUGCUGGUGGUGCUUCAACAUCUUCUGCUGGUGCUGGUGGUGCCUCAGAUUCAUCGGCUGGUGCUGGCGGUGCUUCAACAUCUUCUGCUGGUGCUGGCGGUGCCUCAGAUUCAUCGGCUGGUAUUCCUAGCUCUUCAGUCUCAGCAACUCCGUCAGAUCAAGGUGGACAACAAUCUGCUCCUCAAGCAUCCUCUGUAUCACCAACAGUUCCAUCUCCCCAACCAACUGCCACACAACCACCUAUUGUCUUCAAAGCAAUCAAGUUAAAGUAUGAUCUGGCCUGCGACAAUACUGAAAAGACUGAAGAUCCCUGUGUUUCCAAGGCACAGCCAAAAGAAAUAGAAUAUAAGACACAGACUGUCACGAUAAUCGAUGAAAAGAGGCUGCCACCUGUCACGGUUGUAAAAACUGUAUCUCGGUUUAUUGUUCCAGAGACUGUUAGCAAAACAUUCACACAAAUACUUAAGCCUGAAACAGUUACUGUUACUAAGAAGCCCGAUACUGUUGUGAAGUAUGCACCGCCAAAGACAAUAACAAAGACGGAAAGACCGGAUCCUGUGACUAUCACUAAUGCUAGAGCAGAGCAGCCUGAAAUUGAUCAAGCUUCUGAAGACUUAAUAGAUGAGCCAAUACAAGACGUACCUGUACAAAAAACAAUAAAGCCAACAAAAGCUAGACGUAGAACAACGAGAGAUGACGACGUGGUGACAAUAAGUAAAACUGUUACGAUUCCUUACAAGGGAGUAGAGUGCGUGCCGGAUUGCCCUUGCGAAGGCGAAGGUGGCUGCGAUAAUCCCUGUAUGGAAAUCAAAUGCGAGAUUAUUGAGUGA